GGUGUCUCGGUUAGGCGCCCCUUUGCUGUGGACAAGAGUUCAGAGUCGAUUUUCGUUUGGUGUCAUACACCUUGAGAAGAAUGUGGUGUCUUCAAUUCGACGCUUGAGGGUCCAUUGGGCCCCCCCAAAUGGGACCAUCUGCCGUCUUCUCACUUGCUGGCGUCGACAGCGUGGAAGAGUGCGGAAUGCGUUCGUGGAUCAGUCGGCCCAGGUUCGGCGUUAGGUUUGUAAGUCGCAAACAGGACGGGACGGGAAUGUUGGAGCCGCACGUCAUCGACACGACAGGAAAGCAUGACCCCCCUCUACCGGAUGUCGAGGCACCAAAACCCCCCACAUCAGAGAGCUGAGGAAAACAAGACAGCAUUCCUCACUGAUCAGCAAACCCAACAGCACGACAUCGCACGACUCAUUUGGCAUUUUUGAGGUGACAAUGACGGCCACGAUGCGAGCAAUUGACAUCAGGGGCGGCAAAGGCCCCCGCGAGAACCUAUUCCUGAGUUCCAACAUUCCUAAACCGACCCCCAAGUCAGGCGAGGCCCUCGUAAAGGUCAAGGCUUUUGGCAUCAAUCGCAUGGAUCAAAUCCAACGCAACGGCGCAUAUCCCCUUCCCCCUGGUGUUUCCAGCAUUCUCGGUGUCGAGUUUAGUGGCACCGUCGACUCCCUGGCCGACGAGGGUACCGACAGCUCCCGCUUCAAGGUCGGCGAUGAGGUCUUCGGUCUGGCAUAUGGCGGCGCCUAUGCCGAAUACGUCGCUGUCGACGUGGGCAUGCUGAUGCCCAAGCCCGCUUUCCUCUCCUGGGAGCAGGCUGCUGGCGUCCCCGAGACUUGGAUCACGGCCAUCCAGGCCUUGCAUGUUGUCGGCGAGUUCCAGCCCGGCAAGGCCGUGUUGUGGCACGCCGGCGCUUCGGGCGUCUCCAUCGCCGGUAUCCAGCUGAGCUUAGAUGCCGGCGCCGGCGCAGUCUAUGCGACGGCCGGUACGGAAGGCAAGUGCUCUUUCAUUACGGGCACAUUGGGAGCAACCAAGGCUUUCAACUACAAGACUGAGGAUUGGGCAAAGGGGAUCAAGGAUGCGACCGGUGGGAGCGGAGUGGACCUUGUCGUGGACUUUAUCGGCGGAGGCGACUACUUCACCAAGAACAUUGAUGUCGCGGCUAGGGAUGGCAGGAUCGCCAUGCUCGGCAUGAUGGGAGGUGGCAUAGUCGAGAAUGUCGACAUCAGGCCCAUUCUGUUCAAGAGGGUGCGGAUUGAGGGCACGACUCUGCGGAGCAGGACUCUCGAAUAUCAGGGAAAGCUACGAGAGAAGCUCGAGAGCUACCUGCCCGAUUUUGAGAACGGCAAACUGAAGGUGGUCAUUGACACCGUUCUGCCGUGGGACCAGAUCCAGAAAGCUCAUGAAAUCCUAGAGGGGAACCAGAACUCGGGCAAAAUCGUGUGUACCAUUCCAUAG